AUGAGUAACGAAAAGGUUGACUUGGACAGGAUAAUAGAGAAGCUUCUUUCUGUUCGAAACAGUAAGCUAGGAAGGCUUGUCCAUCUUGUGGAGGAAGAAAUAAGAUACUUGUGCGAAAAGUCGACGGAGGUGUUCAAGCAGCAGCCUACUCUGGUUGAAGUAAAGGCCCCAGUCAAGAUCUGUGGAGAUGUUCACGGGCAAUAUUAUGAUCUUUUGAAGUUGUUUGAACAUGGGGGGUUUCCACCCUCCAGCAACUACCUGUUUCUGGGAGAUUAUGUCGAUAGAGGAAAGCAGUCUUUGGAGACGAUCUGUCUGCUAUUGGCAUACAAGAUAAAGUUUCCAAACAACUUUUUCCUUCUUCGUGGAAAUCACGAAUGUGCCAGUAUCAAUAGGAUAUAUGGGUUCUACGAUGAAUGCAAGAGAAGAUAUAACACAACAAUAUGGAAAGUGUUCACGGAAUGCUUCAAUUGGAUCCCUAUAUCUGCCCUUGUUGACGGAAGAAUUCUCUGUAUGCACGGAGGGAUUUCGCCAGACUUGAAGAACAUGGAUCAGAUCAAGGCGAUUGCAAGACCCACCGAUGUUCCCGAUGAAGGGCUUCUCUGUGAUCUUCUUUGGAGCGAUCCGGACCCUGGUGUAAGAGGAUGGGGAGAAAACGAUAGAGGGGUUUCGGUGACAUUUGGACCCGACACUGUGGAGAAGUUUCUUGAGACACAUAACCUGGACCUUAUAUGCAGGGCACAUCAAGUAGUAGAGGAUGGAUACGAGUUUUUUGCAAACCGAUCUUUGGUCACAGUGUUUUCCGCUCCAAACUACUGUGGAGAGUUUGAGAACUCUGGAGCAAUAAUGGAUGUAGAUAAGGACCUUGUAUGCUCGUUCCAGGUCCUCAAGCCAACCGAUUUCAUUAACAAUUCAGAAUAUAAGAAGAAACAAAUGGGGAUACCUCGUAAGAAGUAA